UUUAGGUUGUCAAAAAAAAGUCAAUAUUACAUCUCUAUAUUCUGGAUUUUAUUAAUACGAAAAAUAUCAAAGAAAUUCCAGAAAUAAUUUUAUUUACAAUAUAAUAUAUAUAAAGCGAUUCAGGAUUAAUCGCUUAAAUUAUCAAUGUCGGCAGUGUUGACGUGAAUUAAAAUUAUUGUGUUGAUUUCAAUAGUACAAGAUCAGUAUUAUUUCGAAAGGUCGAGUUAUUGAUAUAUCAAUUAUUGUAAAUAAAUAUAUAUUUAUUAUUUGUGGUGUUGUAAUGUGAGCUAAUAAAAAAUGGGAAAAGAAAAGUCUAAGAAACGAAAACGGUCUACAUCCGAUGACGACUCUAGUUCGAGUAGCUCGAAUUCUUCCCAGGAAAAAAAGAAACUACGUAAAUUAAAAAAGAAAUUAAAGAAAGAACAAAAGAAAACUGAAAAAGCUUUAAAAAAGAAGCUAAAGGAGGAGAGGAAGAAGCUUAAAAAGAGAUAUAGAAGUAAGAGCCCUAGUAGGAGUCGCGAUGAGGAACAAAAAACAGAUGAAGCACCGGCUGACAUCCCUUUAGAUUUGAUGGAAAAAUCAAAAGCCAUGGCUCCUAUGACCAAAGAAGAGUGGGAACAACGUCAGAGUGUUGUACGUAGGGUCUUGGAUGAAGAAACUGGCAGACACAGGUUAAUAAAAGGUGACGGGGAGGUUUUAGAAGAAAUAGUCUCAAAGGAGAGACACAAACAGAUCAACAAACUGGCUACAAGAGCAGAUGGAGAGUUUUUCCAGUUGCAUACUGUUAAUAAAAAAAUUUAAUGCCUAGUUUAUUGUCUAUGCAAUUAAGGCAUAUAAUGCCACAUUUCUAAUAAGCAUUGACAUAGUGAGUUAGCAAUGGAUGUUUAUCUUUUUUAAUAAUGGCAAUGGUCCUGUAAGAAUUCCAUAAAUAUAUUUGAAGCUUCCUUCCAA